AUGAGUCGGAACGGGUGCAAGGGUGUGCCGACGGUGCCAGCCGGUAUUCGUCCGUGGAAGAGGGAAACUCGUCGGCACGCGAGAAUUGCGAGUGCCGGCGCGGCUGAUCCGGACGAUGGCUGUUAUGUAUACGGCGGUUCCCUCGAACAGAUAGCCGCAGACAAGUGUAUCAAAGACGUCAAGGUACUGUCCUUGGAUCAGAGCCCCCCGAUAUGGUCACGCGAAAGAACCGACGCUCAACAUGGCCUUUACAGAUUCUUUGCCUGCCUUGUUCGCAACCAAACCAGACUACCCCAGCAUGACUCAAACAGGAGCAUGUACACGAGGAGCGCUGACAAAUGUACUGUCAAAUUGGCCGAAGGCAUCAAGUCUUCAAACGACGCAUCGCAUCCAUCAGCCCUAAAAAGUGGGCUUGAGCCAUGGCAUUGGUCUAGCGCUCCCUCAACAGCUAAUUUGUCCCUGCAUGCCUGGCAUGACGUCGAGAUGAGUAGGCGAUCGUAG